GGCCCCACCCCGCCCUCGCAGCCCCUGCGGCGCCUGCGGGUGGAGGCCUGGCGGCUGACUGCUCCCGCAAACGCGGGGCUCUGAGAACCCGGAAGUUACGCCAUAGGCGCGCGCCAGGGGAGCGGGAGUCAGCUGAGCUGCCGGGCUAGAGCGAGAACGUCCUAGGAGGCCGCGGUGGCUGGUUCCCAGGAUCUGUCAGAGGCUGGGGACUCGCAGCUUCCAGUCGGGGGCGACGGGGAUCCCUGGGGGCAGCCCAGUCGUGAUCUCCGCGCCCCGGACGAAGGACCCAGAGGUAGAACACCAUGGCGUCCAUCCUGGAUGAGUAUGAGGACUCGCUGUCGCGCUCCGCUGUCUUGCAACCCGGCUGCCCUAAUGUGGCGAUCCCCCACUCGGGGUAUGUGAAUGCCCAGCUGGAGAAGGAAGUGCCCAUUUUCACAAAGCAGCGCAUUGACUUUACUCCUUCUGAGCGUAUCACCAGUCUUGUGGUCUCCUGCAAUCAGCUUUGCAUGAGCCUGGGCAAGGAUUCACUGCUCCGCAUUGACCUGGGCAAAGCAAGUGAACCCAACCAUGUAGAGUUGGGGCGUAAGGAUGAUGCUAAAGUUCACAAGAUGUUCCUGGACCAUACUGGCUCUCAUCUGCUGAUUGCUCUGAGCAGCACUGAGGUCCUCUAUGUGAACCGUAAUGGACAGAAAGUACGACCACUAGCACGCUGGAAAGGACAGCUGGUGGAGAGUGUAGGUUGGAACAAGGCACUGGGCACUGAGAGUAGCACUGGACCCAUCCUGGUUGGCACUGCUCAAGGCCAGAUCUUUGAAGCAGAGCUUUCAGCCAGUGAGGGUGGACUUUUUGGCCCUGCCCCAGAUCUCUACUUCCGUCCAUUGUAUGUGCUAAAUGAAGAAGGGGGCCCAGCACCUGUGUGUUCCCUUGAGGCUGAACGGGGCCCUGAUGGGCGGGGCUUUGUUAUUGCUACCACUCGGCAGCGCCUCUUCCAGUUCAUAGGCCGAGCAGCAGAGGGGGCUGAGGCCCAGGGCUUCUCAGGGCUUUUUGCUGCCUACACAGAUCACCCACCACCAUUCCGUGAGUUUCCCAGUAACCUCGGUUACAGCGAGUUGGCCUUCUAUACCCCCAAGCUGCGCUCUGCACCCCGGGCUUUUGCCUGGAUGAUGGGGGAUGGCGUGUUGUAUGGCUCAUUGGACUGUGGCCGGCCUGACUCCCUUCUGAGUGAGGAGCGAGUCUGGGAAUACCCUGAGGGAGUAGGUCCCGGGGCCAGCCCACCCUUAGCCAUCGUCUUGACACAGUUCCACUUCCUGUUGCUGCUGGCCGACCGGGUGGAGGCAGUGUGCACACUGACUGGGCAGGUGGUGCUGCGGGAUCACUUCCUGGAGAAGUUUGGGCCACUCAAACACAUGGUGAAAGACUCCUCCACAGGCCAGCUCUGGGCCUACACUGAGCGCGCUGUCUUCCGCUACCAUGUGCAGCGUGAAGCCCGGGAUGUCUGGCGCACCUACCUGGACAUGAACCGCUUUGACCUGGCCAAGGAAUAUUGUCGAGAGCGGCCUGACUGCCUGGACACAGUCCUGGCCCGGGAGGCUGACUUCUGCUUUCGCCAGCAUCGCUACCUGGAGAGUGCCCGCUGCUAUGCCCUGACCCAGAGCUACUUUGAGGAGAUUGCCCUUAAGUUUUUGGAGGCCCGACAGGAGGAGGCUCUAGCUGAGUUCCUGCAGCGAAAACUGGCCAGUUUGAAGCCAUCCGAGCGAACCCAGGCCACACUGCUGACCACCUGGCUGACAGAGCUCUACCUGAGCCGGCUUGGGGCCCUGCAGGGUGACCCCGAGGCUCUGAAUCUCUACCGGGAAACACGGGAGCGUUUCCGUGCCUUCCUCAUCAGCCCUCGCCACAAGGAGUGGCUGUUUGCCAGCCGGGCCUCUAUUCAUGAGCUGCUUGCCAGUCAUGGGGACACGGAACACAUGGUAUACUUUGCAGUGAUCAUGCAGGACUAUGAGCGGGUGGUGGCAUACCACUGCCAGCACGAGGCCUAUGAGGAAGCUUUGGCUGUGCUUUCUCGCCACCGUGACCCCCAGCUUUUCUACAAGUUCUCACCCAUUCUCAUUCGUCACAUCCCUCGCCAGCUGGUAGACGCCUGGAUUGAGCUGGGCAACCGGCUGGAUGCCCGGCAGCUCAUCCCUGCCCUGGUGAACUAUAGCCAGGGUGGAGAGACCCAGCAGGUGAGCCAGGCCAUCCGCUACAUGGAAUUCUGUGUGAAUGUGCUCGGGGAGACUGAGCAGGCCAUUCACAACUACCUGCUGUCACUGUAUGCCCGUGGCCAGCCAGCCUCGCUGCUGGCCUACCUGGAGCAGGCUGGGGCCAGCCCACAUCGUGUACAUUAUGAUCUCAAGUAUGCGCUGCGGCUCUGUGCUGAGCAUGGCCAUCACCGUGCUUGUGUCCAUGUCUACAAAGUGCUGGAACUAUAUGAGGAAGCUGUGGAUCUAGCCUUGCAGGUAGACGUGGACCUGGCCAAGCAAUGUGCAGACUUGCCUGAGGAGGAUGAGGAACUACGAAAGAAGCUGUGGCUGAAGAUUGCUCGGCAUGUGGUGCAGGAGGAGGAAGAUGUGCAGACAGCCAUGGCCUGCCUGGCCAGCUGCCCCCUGCUCAAGAUCGAGGAUGUGCUACCCUUCUUUCCUGAUUUUGUCACCAUUGACCACUUCAAGGAGGCGAUCUGUAGCUCACUUAAGGCCUAUAACCAUCAUAUCCAGGAGCUGCAGCGAGAGAUGGAAGAGGCCACAGCCAGUGCCCAGCGCAUUCGGAGAGACCUGCAGGAGCUACGGGGCCGCUAUGGCACUGUGGAGCCUCAGGACAAAUGCGCCACUUGUGAUUUCCCUCUGCUUAACCGCCCUUUUUACCUUUUUCUCUGUGGUCACAUGUUCCACGCUGACUGCCUACUGCAGGCCGUGCGGCCUGGCCUGCCUGCCUAUAAGCAGGCCCGGCUUGAGGAGCUGCAGCGGAAGCUGGGGGCUGCACCCCCACCAGCCAAGGGCUCUGCCCGAGCCAAGGAGGCUGAGGGUGGGGCUGCAGCAGGCGGGCCCAGCCGAGAGCAGCUCAAAGCUGAUCUAGAUGAACUGGUGGCUGCUGAGUGCGUAUACUGUGGGGAGCUGAUGAUCCGCUCUAUUGACCGGCCCUUCAUUGACCCCCAGCGCUAUGAGGAGGAGCAUCUGAGCUGGCUGUAGAAGGGUGUCCUGUGAAGAAUGGGCAGGCAUGGGGAGCUGCUACUUGGCCCUCUUGGGAAGGCCACACCCUGUCUGUGCUCAGUCAUCUGUGGUUAUGUUGGGGAGUGGGAAUAGAACUGUCAUCCUGAAGUGUCAGGGGAGAGGGCAUUCUGCCAGCUGCCUGCUGUGCUUCAGACCCACCUUAGAACUGCUGUUACUCAGGCCAUCAGCCUGGAGAGGUCAGAAACUGGAUCCACUCCCACUCCUGUAUCUAACAGUUCCUUUGUCCUUGUCACUCCCCACCCUGUUUAUCUUCUGGAUUGCGAGUACCCUUCUUUCUUUGCUUUGUGGCCUCUGGACUCCCAACCUUUCUCUGUCAGAGAAAGCCUCCUCUUCUCUCUGCCCCAGGUGUACCAGAAGUGAAAAGAUAGCCCUCCCACUUCCUGAGCUCUGGUGGGGAAGGUUGUACUAAUGAUGGCCCUGGUGCACACUCUGGACCUCCACUAUGAGGGGCACCCUGGGGCUGGGGACCUCAUAGAAGACAUUGGGAGAGCAUUAAAAUGUCUGCACUGCA